AUGCCAUACAAAUCAUUCAAUGAUUGGGUGUCUGCUUUCAAGGGAGUAGAGCCAUGUUCACCUGGUUCUUCUUCUUUGGAAAAGCUUCCGAACGAAAUACUCAGUCAAAUCUUGCGACAUCUUGCACCGCCAGACACAACGCAACAGUCUUAUUACCUGAGGGAUAAUCUUCCUAUCAGCCCGAACAAUCAGUGCGAGAAGAAACGCUUCAUCUCCUGCCUUCUGAUAUCACGGAGGCUCUACCACAUAGCGCUGCCUUUGAAAUAUCAAUGCCCGGACAUCGCUAACUAUGAUGGCUUCACGGGCGAACUCGCUCGCAAUGCAGCACAUGGAACUCUGGUUCGUUCCCUCGAUCUGUCAUGUCCUCGACUCGAUACAGGAUCUUGGUCACUUUCCUCCUCUCUGACUUUAACCCCUCGUCUGAAAACAAUAUCUUUGCCUCUUCAAGCAUUCUACGAUUCUGGUCCCGGAUUGGCUACGCAGAUCUUCUUCGAAUUGUCGAACGUUAAUUCAAUAAAGAUAAUCAAUCGAUCUAAUGAUUGGGAUGACGCGCUAUCUUCCCAUACUUUUGGGAAACUGAAUCCCGAUUUCACCAGCUCGAUUACCUCCCUCUCCCUCGACGGGUUCUCGGUCGGAAACAUUUUCCAGACAGUUCUGACUCGAUCUCCACAUCUUCAAGUCUUGAAUUUGAUGGGUUGCUACCUCGAUGGUGUAGAUUUCUCUUCGCUCAGCAAGAAUGCCAGAAUACGUCAGCUCAUUUUGGAGCAGUCCAGAGUUGUGAAAGGAGAAGAUCUCGUUGAGUUUAUUACGGGACAUCCCGCGGUCAAGAAUACGCUUGAGGUGCUGAAUUUAAAGGGGGUUGUGCAGUAUGGGUUCACACCAUUAAAACAGGAACAUGUGACGACAAUUCUAGAAAGUCUUCCCUCUAGUUUGCGCUCUCUCACCAUCAGCAGCUAUUCUACGCAGGAUAUCCCAUUGCUUCGGAAACUGAACCCUCAACUUGAGGAGCUGGGGAUGGGCCGUAUGCGGGUUUAUGAGCUGGAGGAGAUCCUCCUUGGUUCGGUCUACGAUCUCAGUAAAACAGCACCAAAAUCAGCCUCGACAAAGGCAGCUAUACUUGAUUCCCAUCUCAUCACUAUCUCUAAUGCGGUUACGUUAACUCAGCUGAAAAGGCGAAUCAAUUCUCUUACGCCUAGGAACAGUAAACAUUCUAAUACGUCACGGUCACGCAUCCAGCAUCUCGAUGCAAAGUGCGUCGCUUUAUCCCUCGAAGAUCUCAAGUCAUCUGUUCUUCUUGGUCCCCAGUCACUACCAUUGAGAGCGAUUGAGCUUCCUGCAAUUACGGUCUCAGAUCAGCACGAGUUAGUACGGUUCUUAGGACCUGUGGGGUGGAAAGUGAAAUCAGUAGGUUUGCGAAUUUGGAUGGAGAGAAAAUGA